AUGGUAUUUAUGGAUUUCAUAAAGUAUCAAUCUAUAAAGAGUUGCUGCGGUGAAAAAUCAUCUAUAAAUGAUGAAAAUAAAAACAAUAAACUUCCUAAUAAAGAUUGCACAUUUCUUGAACGAAAAAAUAAAAUUGGAAAUACACAACCCAUUGUUAAUGUGGAGCCAUUAAAUCUGAAAAACGAACAUGUGAAGUGUCAAGUAAAUUAUGAAGAUACACAGGAAGGAAUUUUUUUCUCCCUUAAUAUGUUAGAAGAUAAAGAUUUCCAAUGUCCUAGAUGUAGUCAAAGGAUGCAAGAACCUAGAUUACUUCCUUGCUUGCAUCCUAUAUGUUCACAGUGUGUUUCAGAAUUAAUGAGUAAAUCAUACUACAAUUCAUUAAAAGGAAUUAGAAUGCAAGAUACUCAAUCAAAAAUUGAUAAAAAUAAUUAUUAUGAAAUUUGUCCCUUAUGUGAUUUUCAAUUACCAAAUAUUAAUUCAGCAAUACCACCUCCACAUUAUCCUUUACAACAUCGUCUAGUAAUGAGCGCUAUUCGUUCGAGAUUUGUAAAUAAAAUACUUUGCGACAUUUGUACUGAUGAAGUUGUUGCAGUUGUUCAGUGCUCCACAUGUCUCCGUAAUUUUUGCUUAGAUUGUGGUAUGGAACAUCAACAACAAAUCACAAUGGAAUUAAAGCCAUCAAAACACUUAAUAAGACCAUUAUGGGAAGCUACAAAAAUACGGCGUACUACACUUUGUCAGCAACAUCCAACACAUGCUUUGCGUUUUUAUUGCAUUGCUUGCCAGCAGGUGUCCUGUAAAGAAUGUAUGUGGAGUAGUCAACAUAGAGGCCAUGCAAUUGAAAGUGCUACUGGUGCAGCCAAACGAGUUACUUCAUAUUUAACAAAAAUGUUGCAAAGAGCAAAAGUACUUUUAAACAUGCUUUUAACGCAAUAUGAUAGAGAUGCAUUUUCAAAUGGAACCUUUGAGGAAAUAGGAGACAUUCCCAUUUCAAUGGAUUAUAGGUAUGUCAAUAUAGCAAUUUUUUACUCGUCAUUUGUUACAUAA